AGGUUUAUGCUGACGCGUCCCUCUUCCUCUCAUUCACCGACGUGUCAGUCCUCCUCUGUCCGCUUCUGAGUAGCUAACAGACCGGCCUCUCUUCUAGAAAAAUGCCCCCCAAAGGCAGCAACAAGCAGCAGUCCGAAGAGGACCUUCUCCUGCAGGACUUCAGCAGAAAUCUGUCGGCAAAGUCAACGGCUUUGUUUUACGGGAAUGCCCUCAUCGUUUCAGCCAUCCCCAUCUGGCUGUUUUGGAGGAUCUGGCACAUGGACCUUGUCCAGUCUGCGGUUUUGUACGCUGUAAUGACUCUGGUCAGCACAUAUCUGGUAGCUUUUGCCUACAAGAACGUCAAGUUUGUACUUAAACACAAAGUCGCUCAGAAACGCGAGGAUGCCGUUUCCAAGGAGGUAACCAGGAAGCUGUCUGAAGCGGACAACCGCAAGAUGUCACGCAAAGAGAAGGAUGAGAGGAUCCUGUGGAAGAAGAACGAGGUCGCUGACUAUGAAGCCACCACCUUCUCCAUCUUUUACAACAACACUCUCUUCCUGGUGCUCGUCAUCGUCGCUUCCUUCUUCUUGCUCAAGAACUUCAACCCCACUGUCAACUACAUUCUGUCCAUCAGUGCCUCCUCAGGACUCAUUGCUCUUCUGUCCACUGGCUCCAAGUAAACCAAGAAGAAAAUUGCACAGGAAGUUAGAGGGUUGAUGUUUGAUGGGGUGGGAUUGGAUGUGGGCGGGGGGCUGGAAAGGACACAGGAUAUAAUUUUUCACAGGUUAGGCAUGUGGUUCAACUGAGCAUUCAGAAUAUUGCAUUUCACUUUCAUGAAAUCAUUUUUUGUAACAAAUAAAGCAACCAGCUAUA